CGAUUCGAGUUCGAGUGUACAGUAUAAACGCGGCUAUUGCACUAGCUCCACCACACAAGCAAGCCAUGCGAGUGUAUAUUGCAGCGGGGCUUGUUUUUUGAACGGUAACGGUUAUUAGUGUCAGGGAAGAAGCCGCCCACAGCUAGUUUAUCCGAAAGGUAUCUUUGUUCGUGGAUGAAAAUCUCUCGCUUUUCCGCUAAUUUGCGAUGGAUCAGGACAAUGUUUCCGUGCUUCGGGCGAUCGUCGAGUACGUGGAGAAAAGUGAUUGCAUACUGGAGGUGAAAGUUAUGAAGGCAAUCGGCUGUUCGGAUUUGAUAGCGUUGCAGAAGGAAAUGGCUGGGGAUGUAAAAUUUCGCUCCGUUUGGAUUUUCCCGACCGAAAAUGAAGUCGGUGUAACGAUUGUACGUGUCGACUUUGGUGGCAAUGUGCCGUACUCGGUGGCGACGGAAGCGCAGCUCAAGAAGAUUUGCCUGCUCGCCCAAAGCUUGGCCCACGUCACAUACGCACCGCAGCUAGCGGAACGACAUUACACUCGUUUUUCUUCCUCGAUGAACUGGAACUUUUGGCUGAUCGGUAAUCGUGCGACGCGGUUGGGAAAUGUUCCUCCCCCCGGUCAGUUUAGCGAACGCACCCUAAACCGGCGGAAAACGCUCGCUGCAUAUCAACACUUGGCUUCGUCUGCCGAAUGGUUUUCGAUCGCCGAUAGUUCCGUGUAUAUCGUCUGCGGUGAACGGGACAGCGGGAAACUGACCGAGCUCGUCCACUACAUGCUGGGAAGUUGCUGUGAAAGCGAGCGUUCUUGCCGUACGAUCUGUGUGCUGCAGGAAGAGGUUGAAGUGCUCGCUACGGUGGGCCGUAUAUGCGAGGAACGGGAUGAAACGGUGGGCAGUACGAUCGGGUAUAAGCUGACCAUAAACGCGCAAGUCGGUGAAAUGAACAACAUUGUGUUUUGUACCGCCCAGACACUGAUCAUGUCGCUGGUGAUUAAAACGUUCGAUAAAGUUGUGCCGGAACUUACGCACCUGAUCGUGGACUGUAGCGAUCAACGGCCGGCUGGGAUGAGUUUGCUGUUUUCGCUUGUAAAAAAGAUUAUGUCUCAGAAUGAGGCGAUCAAAUUGGUGCUGUUGUGCACCAAGGAGGAGGUGCAAUCGUGGGCAAACUUCUUUGAGGGCGCGCCAGUUAUGCGCUUGCCGUACAACGUACCCACCGAGAACAACCAGCCGAACAGUCCGUGCGGAGCUACGCUCUAUCAUUUGGACAAGAUUCUUAUGACCAUUUGCACACAUGGCGUAAUUCAGAGUUUGAAGGCGAACCUUCCAAAGGUGGAUAAUGCGCUGAAGAUGAUGGCGAACCUGCAACUCGCGUACGGCCAUCGGGGGCUGAAUCGGAAUGCGACGGAUUUAAUGGAUAAGCUGCUCUGGAACUGCUGGAAUUCCGACGAUGCGACACCGUUCACGGCGGUCCUGUUGCCGAUGCUGGAGCAUAACAGACACAUGGCGGACUACCAACAUUCGGACACCCGAAUGACGGCCCUGAUGAUCGCUGCCGCGAAAGGGUUCGAAGACGUGGUCCGGCGUUUGCUGGAGCUGGGCGCUAAUCCGUACCUAAUGGCACGAAAGUCCUUGCAGGCCAUGGAUUGGUGUCCCGAGGCGUCGAACAAUCGCUGCUUGCAGUUAAUGCUAAAUGCACACAAAGCGUACACCACGGACGGUGGGGCGGAUCGGUGGUCUCUGCUGUGUCAAAUGUACCACAAACUGUACAACCCGUACGUCGUUGACCAGAAGCUGGUAGUGGACAUUGUGGCACACAUCUGCAAGAGAUUUGCAUCGGGGAAUGUACUUGUGGUGCUACCCGAUUACUCCGACGUGCUCGAGUGUCUCGUGUGGCUACGACGCAGUGCGCUCGAUCGACACAAUAUAAAGUUUGUGGUCUAUCACCGUCUGGUCACCGAGGAUGAGUUUAAAGAUAGUGUCGUCUAUCCGGAAGAACAAUCGAAACCGAAUCCGGGCAAACGGUUCUGUGUCAUGUUGCUAGCGGGAGCUUCACUGCUGGAGCUAAUACCGUCGCUGAACCACAUUCAUUAUGUGGUGGACACAGGGCUAAAGGUGCACCAUUCGGGGGAUUACGCCAAAGGCAUCUGCAUUGAUCGCUCGUGUCUGGCUACGGCACGCACCUGCCGCCUGCUCAUGUGGCUUGCCCAGCGGAAGUGUUUCAUGCUGUACGGGAAGGAUAGGCUGAAAAGUGACGAAGCCUCAAAACCACUUCCAAUCAAAGCGGUCUCCAAUGUAACGCCACCGGAAACGAUACUAACAGCCCUGCUUUGUCGUACCGACUUUUCCACGUCGACGAUCGAGUAUCUUGGCGCCACGCUGUUCGGCGCACGUCCAGCAAGCGUCGGCGCUUCGUUACAGCUGCUUCACCAAAUCGGAGCCAUCGAAAGACCGCUUACCGUACCGACCAGCUUGGGGCAACUGCUGAGCCACCUGGACGUUGGCAUCCAUCUGGGCAAAGCGUUACUCUACUCCAUCUUGUUCCGUUGCGUUGACCCGAUGCUCACCAUUAUUGCCGCCCUGAAGGUAGGCAACCCGUUCGUCGAACCGUUGGACGAGCAGAGUGAGAAAGAAAUUGUGCAGCUAAAGCAUUCCCUGCACAGCCGCACGUACAGCGACUGUAUGGUGCUGUUGCGCUUGUACCAUCAGUGGAGCCAAUGCAAGUACACCCAAACCGAUGGGAGCAUGGUGAGCAACUAUCGGCUCAAGAUCGGCGCAAUGGAAGCGAUCUCGAACGCGCGGGUCGAGAUUAUGUCCAUGCUGCGCGUACUGGGGAUAGUCAAGUGUAGCCGUGAGAACAACAUCGACUCGCUCAACACCAACUCCACCAAAUGGGCCAUAGUAAAGUGUUGUCUGGCGGCCGGCUUCUAUCCCCAGCUAGCCAUAGCGGACUACGAAAAGCACCUACUAACGACCAACUGUGGAAGCGAAGGGUUUAAGCCGCAUCGUCUUUCGGUGGUACAGAUCGACAGUCUUCCCGCGAAAUGGGUGAUCUACGGUCGGAAGCUCGACCACCAGCUAAACGUAGCGAAGGAGCAAAGCGUGCAGGCGCAACUCCUAGAAAACACCGUCAUUACCGACUGGACGGUGCUGCUGGUGUGUGGCAUCGAUAGGUUCGACACAUUGGCCAACGGUAACAUGCAGCUACGGGAAGGGCGCAACAUUGCCGACAGAGAACCGGGCACGGUACAGUUCAUCAUCGAUCGGAAGUACACGUUCCAGCUACCGUACGACUACUACCGGGCAGUUUCCUUCAUUCGACGUCGGCUGGGGCAACUGUUUGAACAUUUUAGCCGCAACCUGCUCAAAACGUUGAAGCGCGAGGAAACGGACAGGCUGGUGAACUACAUCGGAGAUAUAUUGCACCAGGAGGAUGUAAGCUCAAUGAUGGCCUGCACCCUGAACGAUACACGACCGAAGCUUAAGAAUCCCCUGGCGAUGGGUGCAAGCUGGAACUUCACGAUGGAUAUGUUUGAUCGGAUGUAGUCCCAGGAGGGAGCGACACGCCUGGACUUUUUUUGUUGUGUA